UCCGUGCACUGAACCGAUCAGCCGACGAAUUCAACGUGCGUGCGUACGGCCAACCCGGCUCGCUCCCCCAUGCAGCCGCCUCUCGCUUCCUGUCUAUAUACAACCUUCCGCGCGCCAUGCCACUCAUCGAUCGAACUUGACCAGCUAGCACGAGCGAAGCUUGAGCUCGAGGGUCAUCAUCAUGAGGCCGUCGAUCAUGCUGUUCGGCGACUCCAUCACGGAGGAGUCGUUCGGGGAGGGCGGGUGGGGCGCGCACCUGGCGAACCACUACUCCCGCUCCGCCGACGUCGUCCUCCGGGGCUACAGCGGCUACAACACCCGCUGGGCGUCCCUGGUGGCCGACCGCGCGUUCUCCGCCAUCCCGGCGUCGGCGGCCGUCGCCGCCGUCACCGUCUUCUUCGGCGCCAACGACGCGUCGCUCCCCGACCGCGCCAGCGCGUUCCAGCACGUGCCGCUCCCGGAGUACCGGGACAACCUGCGCGCCAUCUGCGCGCUGCUCCGCGCGCGCUGGCCGUCGGCGGCGCUCAUCCUCGUCACGCCGCCCCCCGUCGACGAGCGCGGCCGCGUCCGGUUCCCGCGCAACGGGGACGCGUCCGGCCUGCCCGAGCGGACCAACGAGGCGGCCGGCCGGUACGCGCGGGCGUGCGUGGAGGUGGCGCGCCAGCGCGGGCUCCGGGCCAUCGACCUCUGGUCCCGGAUGCAGGAGUUCCCCGGGUGGGAGACGGCGUUCCUCAGGGACGGGCUGCACCUCACUCCGACCGGCAACCGGCUUCUGUUCGAGGAGGUGGUGUUCGCGCUGAGGGACGCCAACCUCAGCCUGGAGGCGCUCCCCGCCGACCUGCCGCUCUGCAGCGACAUCGACCCCGACAACGCCGUCAGGUGCUUCGAGGAGGAGUGAGACCAUGCUGAGGAUAAGGUUCAGAAUUGAUGGAUAUCGGUCGAUGCCGCCCAUGAAAUUGUUUUUUUGUUUGUUUGUUUCUUUUUUGUUUACAUUAUUUGUUUUGUCCAUUCAUGUUGUACGAGAUUGUCACGGCAGUUUGUUGGCUGCAUUCGUUAUUUGU